CCCUCAAAGGGGGCCCCUAGCGCAGGCCAAGGCACAGCAGCUGAGGGCAUGGGUGUAGUCUCUGAAGAUGUCGGAUGAGGAGUUUGAAGAGGAGUACAGUGCCGACGAACAAGAAAAGGAGGGAGAGGAGGGGGAGGAAGAGAAGGAUCCAACAGAGGAGGAGGAGGAGGAGAGCUUGUCUCCCCACCUUCUUACAGAGGAGAUCAUGAAGGGAGGCCUCUCCCUCUUGUGUAAAACAGGCAAUGGCUUGGCUCAUGCCUAUGUGAAACUAGAGGCAAAGGAAAAGGACCUGACAGAUAUCAGCCUUCUCCAGAACUACAUUCACUUGCGUUAUGUGGACUUGUCAGAAAACCAGCUGCGAGAUCUGUCUCCUCUGGGCAGCCUCACUCACCUUCUGUGGCUGAAGGUGGAUGGGAAUCGGCUGAUCAGCACCCGUCUCCCAGAGCUGCCUUACCUGCAGAUUGCCAGCUUCGCCCACAACCGCAUCAGGGACACGGAGGGUAUUACCCAUCCACGCCUGGGCAGCCUCAACCUUAAAGGGAAUGAAAUCCAGGUAAUAUCGGGUCUGGAUCCAGGGAAGCUGACAAACCUGCACACGGUGGAGCUGCGAGGAAACAAGCUAGAAACCACUACAGGGCUGCACCUGCCCAAGCUCAAGAACCUUUACCUGGCCCAAAACUUCAUUACCCACCUUGAGGGCCUGGAGGAACUGGUGCAGCUUACGACCCUGCAUCUGCGUGACAACAGGCUUGUGACUCUGGAUGGCUUCUCUAAGAGCAUGAAGUGUCUGCAGUACCUCAAUCUGCGGGGGAACGGGAUUCUGAACCUUCAGGAGAUGGCAAAGCUGCAGGUUCUGCCCAUGCUGCGGGCACUGGUGCUGAUGGACAAUCCCUGUUCUGAUGAAAGUGAAUACCGGAUGGAGGCUCUGGUGCUGCUUCCCCGUCUCGAGCGUCUCGACAAGGAUUUCUUUGAGGAAGAUGAGCGGGCAGAGGCCGAGGAGAUGCGGCAGCGACGCCGAGAUGAGGAGCAGGAAAUGGAGGAAUCUGCCCAAGGGGAAGUGACUGAGUGACCCUCCAGUUGCCCCUAGAGUCCCUUAGAACUCUGUGGGGCAGGAGUAGGUUGGCCAGGGAGCAGGGACCAGUGUCUACGGCUCCAUGUAUUUGACCCUUAGAGACCUUUUCUUGGCCCACACUCCCUGUCUCUCCUGGGAGAAGUUGGUGUCAGACACCCCUCUGUGCUGCCUAAGGGAAUGCAGCUCUAUUGCAGUCAGUACAGCACAGGCUCUGCUCCUCGCAGGCCCAAAGAGAAGGAGGGACAGUUAAGGUUUGUGCAGUUUGAAUUAUGGAGCCUGAAGCUCCUGCAAUAUUUUCUGCUUUGAAUAAAAAGAAUUAAUGAA